AUGGAUCUCAUCGAUAUGUCCGAGGGCAAAGUAGUCAGUAAACGAUGGGUUAUCGAUGAGAAGCUGGGCGAAGGUUCAUGUGCUACCGUAUACAAAGUGCACGAUUUGAACGAUACCCGAGUGAAAGCUGCCCUUAAAGUUGAAGCGCGUUCAGAUGACAAUUACAGCGUGUUGAAGAAGGAAGUAGCUGUCAUGCGGAAGUUGCAAUCUCGAAGGCAUACUGUUCGAGUGGUAUAUGCUGCGCGUCGUGAAUAUUAUUCAUACGUCGUAAUGUCACUCUUGGGACCAAAUUUGAUACAGCUAAAAAAAAUGUGCAAAGUAAACACAUUUACUGCUGGGACAACAAAUCGGAUCGGAGUUCACGCACUAUACGCUAUAAAGCAGUUACAUGAAAUUGGUUAUGUACAUCGGGAUAUCAAACCAGCAAAUAUGGUUAUCGGACGGCGUGGCCAUGAAGCACGUAUCAUUUACCUAAUUGAUUACGGCAUGGCACGAGAAUAUGCAAUUUGGGAGGAAGGUUACGCACGAAUUAGGCGACAGCGUGAGCAUGUUCUUAUGAGAGGUACAACAAGGUAUUGUUCUCCGGCAGUUCAUGCCCGGAUGGAGCAAGGAAGAAAAGAUGAUUUGUGGUCGUUGGUCUAUGUUCUUGUCGAACUACACGCCGGACUGCCGUGGCGUGGUAUCACAGAAAAGGAAGUGGGCAUAAUGAAGGAUAAAAUAACGGACGAAGUACUGAUGGCAGAUUGUCCUCCGGAAUGGGUCCAUAUCCUGAAGUACAUACGGACACUGACCUAUGAAUCAAGACCCGAUUAUAAGAAAAUUUAUGAUUUGUUAAUGAACUGCAUGAAGCGGCUCAGUGUUUCCUUUUCUGAUCCAUAUGACUGGGAAAUGAAUUUUUCUUCCAAGUCAUCCCGAACCACAACUACGAUUGGAACGACAAGAGCAACAGCAGUCAUUACGAAAGAUUCAGCGAACAGAAAAUCCCUCAGUAACAGGCAACUGUACGAUUUCCCACCCACUACGAAUCCCAAAGAAUUCGAGUGUAAUGAUAUUGGAAUAUAACCAAAAUACACAAUUCCAAAAUUGUUGAAAUUCAUCACGUGUUUCACUUAAAAAUUAUGCAGUAAAUUUUAUGGAUCGA